AUGUCUCCUUCAGGUAGACCACAGCCCCUGAGCCUUAUGUUUCUUCUGGGGAUGGGGAUGGCAUUGGAGAGGAUCUACUGCCCAAGCGGGUGUAGCUGUCAGUACCUGGAAGUGAACUGCACAGGGCAACAGCUGCAGGAGUUCCCUGCGGCCAUCCCGCUGGACACCAGGCAGCUGAUUCUGGCAGCAAACAACAUCUCGUACCUGCCGGCAGUUGAGUUGAGCUUCUUGGCCGAUUUGGUCUAUCUGGACUGCAGGAAGAACCUGUUGGGGGACGACCUGGAUUUCACUUUCAUUGGUGUGGCCAAGCUGGUCUAUCUGGACCUCAGCUUCAACAACCUCACACAGGUCACCUUUAGCACCUUCUCGCAUCUGCUCAGUCUGGUGGUGCUGAAGAUCUCAGACAAUCCCAACCUUGUGUCCAUUGAGAAGGAUGCUUUUGCCAACAACACCUGGCUGAGGCUACUGGAUUUGAGCCGGACAGGCUUAAGGUUCCUGGACACCAGCACUGUCCGAGACCUGCCCAACCUGAGAUUUCUGGGUCUCAGUGACAACCUAUGGCACUGCAACUGUUCCUUUUUGGACUUCAUCACCUGGAUGACAGAAAGCAACGUUCAUUUUCCAGAUGCCGACAGCAUCACCUGCUACACCCCCGAAGGCUUGCGUGCCCUGAAAAUGCCUGCAGUGGGGGCAGAGCUGCACUUCAGCUGCCUGACCCAGCUGUACAAGCAAGACUACAUCUUUCUGUGUCUCAUCGGCUUCUGCAUAUUCUUUGCCGGCACCGUGGCAGCCUGGCUGGCUGGCGUCUGUACUGUCCUCUACGAAGUCCACACUUCAAAGGGAGAGGAAGAGGAAGAAGAGGAGGAAGAAGACGCAGUCAGUUAG